GUCAGCCACCAGGUCAGACAUGCUGAAUCUUUCCCGGAUAACACCCUGAAAGACUUUUCCAGCUAAUAAGCAUGACUGUGAAAAUACCAUGGUCUUCACCGAGCAUCUGUGGCAACAGGUUAGUAAGAGCAGCUCUCUGAGCCUUCUCCCUGAGGACCGCUGCACAACUAUCCCUUCAAAGACACGCUGGCUUCGCCUGACUUGCUUCCGAGCUGGCUGAGCAGGGAAACCAGCUGGUGAACAGAAUGGCUUUCUUUUGGAUGUGGGCCAACCUACUUCUACUUCUUCACGGUGCAGUGUCGGCAGAUGAGGUGCGGGCCCACCCGUUCACUGACGUGACCCUCGACUGCGAGUUCUCCUUUAUAGAGGGCACGGAAAACCUCGAGUUCUACUGGGAGCGAGAAGACAUAAUAGAGGAGUACGAAGCGGGAGACCGCGACUUUUACCGCUUCUUCACGCACUACGAUUUCUUUCAAGUGUUCACAAAGGUGGUUUACCAGUUCUACGAUAACGCAGAGCAACUCGAAGAUCAGAACGCCUUGUAUGAGGGAAGGGUCUCUGUGGACCAGAACGAGAUUUCCGAGGGGAUUCUGUCCCUUCUGCUGCGAAACGUGGAUUUCAUGGAUGAAGCCGUAUACAAGUGCUCGGCUGUCACUCCCAACGGCAGAGGGGAGACUAAGGUCAAGCUGAUAGUGGAAGAUUCUGAAAUACCCCAGGUGAAGUUUGACAAGAUUGAUGAUGAAGAUGUGGUUACAUGCAUAUCUAAGGGCUGGUACCUCACACCCAACGUGACCUGGUUAGACCGGGGAGAAAGGGACCUUAGCAACCACAGUACGGUGGAGGUCCUGGAGGAGCAGAUGAACGGCUUGUACAGAGUGUACUCUGUCCUCAAAUAUCCAGUCAAGUUAAAUGAGAAAUAUGUCUGCCAUAUUACGGAGACUAAUGAAAACAACAGACCCAUCAGAUCCAUCCGGCGGUACCCAAAGAAAAGGUUCGGUGAAUAUGACUAUUAAGAGAUCUGAAUGCUCUCUGCCCAAGAACCUGCUGUGCCUUUACUCAGCGGAGUUCCUGCUUUCUCCUGUGAUGGAUGUUCUUUUUGUUUGUCCUGGACACUUACUGACCAUAAACUAAAAUCGAGAAACAAGGAGCCAGUCAGUCCAGUGUGUUACAGAUUAACAGAGUCUUGCCUCUGCAUUUGUUUCUCUCUUUUGUUUAAAAGAUUUGUUCCACUUAGUCUCAUUCUCUAAACAUGUUAAAUUCUGAGUAAAUAUCAAGUCUUCAGUGCAAAACAAAAGGAGAUUAAA